AUGCACAGGCAGAAGAAGCCAGCGCCUGUGGUCCGAGUCUCUGAUCUUGGCUUAGCCUGUGACUUUUCAAAAAAGAAACCCCAUGCCAGUGUCGGUACUCAUGGCUACAUGGCACCAGAAGUGCUUGCUAAAGGUGUAGCAUAUGAUUCAUCAGCUGACUGGUUCUCUCUAGGAUGUAUGCUUUAUAAACUAUUAAAGCUGCCUAACGAAGGCCUGUCUCCAGACUGUCGUGACCUUUUGGAAGGACUGCUGAAACGAGAUGUGCCAGACAGACUUGGAUGCAAGGAGCGAGGCGUCAAUUUCCGACAGUUUUCGUACUUUACAAAGUUUUGUUUGGAUAUUCCUCAGUACUGGGAAGCUCAUUUUGUUCUACAGACCUGUCGGAAGUGA